AUGGCUCUCCCGCGCCUCAUCCUCAGUCUCGCCGUGUGCCUAGCUCCCGCCCAGGUGUGGGCAGCCGCCGUCUCCCACGCGACGGACCCAUGCCGGUCUGCCUCGUUCGACUAUGUCAUUGUCGGCGGAGGAACGUCGGGCCUGACGCUGGCCAACCGGCUGAGCGAGACGCCUGGCGUCACCGUUGCCAUCAUUGAGGCCGGCACCUUCCCCGAGAACGUCGUGGGCAACCUCAGCGCCGUGCCCGCCUACGCUGGUAGGCUGGAGGCCUUGGCCGAGACGAACUUGUCCGCGGGCUGGGGCUUCCGGACGGCACCGCAGCCGGGUCUAGGAGGUACCGUCGCCCCAUUUGUGCGGGCCAAGCUGCUCGGCGGCUGCAGCUCCAUCAACUUCGCGGCCUACUCGCGCGCGUCCAAGGGCUCGCUGCAGAAGUUUGCCGACGCGGUAGGCGACCAGUCGUACACGUGGGACAACGUGCUGCCAUACUACAAGAAGAGCAUGCUCUUCACGCCGCCCAACAGCGCGACUCGCUUCCCCAACGCCACGCCAAGCUACGACCCCGCCUACACGGCCCGCAGAGGGCCCCUGGACGUCACCUACCCGGCCUACGGCGAGGCCUGGGGCACGUGGGUCGCUCGGGGCCUGACAGCCGCCGGCCUCCCGCGGGCCGGCGCCUUCAUUACGGGCACGCUCAACGGGAACACGUUCCAGGUGCUGACCCUCAACCCGCGGACCGGCCACCGUGCUUCGUCCGACACGGCCUUCCUGCGUCCGGUGCUGAGCCGUAACAACCUGGUCCUCUUCGACGGGACGCUGGCCGAGCGCGUGCUGUUCGACUCGAGCAAGACGGCCACGGGCGUCAGUGUCAGCAGCACAAAGUGCCCCGCGGCCUUCACCCUCUCGGCCAGGAAAGAAGUCAUACUUUCGGCCGGUGUCAUCCAGUCGCCACAGCUGCUCAUGGUGUCGGGUGUGGGUCCGGCCGCGGCGCUGGCGCAGUACAACAUCACCGUGGUGGCGGACCGGCCGGGCGUGGGUCAGGGUCUGGUCGACCACAUCCUGAUCCCCCUCACCUGGAAGACCAAUCUGGCCAUCCCGGACACGGCGAGCCCCGCGUCGGUCAACGCCUUCAACACGGCCGAGACAGGCCCGCUGACCAACCCGGGCGGCGACUUCGCGGCGCUCGAGAAGAUCCCCGCGGCGUUCCGCACCAACUUCUCGGCGUCGACCACGGCCACGCUCGCGGCGCUGCCGGCCGACUGGCCCGAGGUCGAGUACCUGAUCAGCCCGUUCGCCGUGUCGCCGGGGGCGACGCCGGGGCAGGGGUACUCGAGCUUGUUUGUGGUGCUGCAGGCGCCGCAGAGCGUGGGCACGGUGGGCAUCGUCAGCGCUAGCAUGGCCGACGCGCCCGUCAUCAACCCCAACUGGCUGACGGCGCAGGCCGACAUCGACGUGCUGCUGGCCGGCUUCAAGCGCAUCCGCGCCUUCGCCGCGUCCUCCGCCAUGGCCCCCGUCGUCCAGGGCGAGUUCCUCCCCGGCGCCCAGCUGCAGACCGACGCCCAGAUCCUCGAGUACUUCAAGCUCGCCGCCACCUCCAUCCACCACGGCCACGCCACGUGCAAGAUGGGCAAGGCGAGCGACCCCAGUGCCGUCGUCGGGCCCACGGGCAAGGUGUACGGUGUCAAGAAUCUGCGUGUUAUCGACUCUGCGUCGUUCCCCUUCUUGUUGCCCGGACCGGGCCCGCAGACGCACAUCUACAUGCUUGCGGAGAAGCUGGCGGAUGCAAUCAAGAGUCGUAAUUAG